CUCGAUCCAUCAACAUCGAAACUUUUAAAGCAGCAACAAACUUAAUAAAUUUUGUGGUUUUUGUGCAUGAAAAGUUUUAAUGAAGAAUUUUCUGUGAGAAUUAAAAUUUGAGGAAAUUGAUAUAAAGAAGGAAGUCAUGAAAGUGCUUGAUAUAAGCCAGAAAGAUUGUGACUUGAAGCGUCCAAUCUAUGAGGAAAUACGCGUCGAUCCAUUGUUUCGCAAAAUUAGCAAGCAUUCUAUCGGCUUUCACAUCUUUAAAGUCGAAAAUGAUCACAUAGAAUCAGUUGGAAAAGACCAGCACGGUGUGUUUUACGAUGAAAAUGUUUACAUUAUUUACGCUGCGGCAAUUAAGGGCACUUUUACAGAUCAGAAUACAAUAUCACGCGAAAUUAAAACGCCUGUCACGAUUGAGAGAUUUGUACACAUUUGGAUCGGUUCAUCUGCCUCAACUGUCAAGUCCAAAAAUGCCGCAUUGAAAAUAAUUGAAUUAGAUGUUCAUUUUAAUCAUUCUGUCGUACAAUAUCGGGAAUCACAAGGUCAUGAGACAAAACGUUUUUUGUCAUACUUCAAAGAAAAUGGAAUGCAUAUAUUGACUGGCACAAGCCAUAAGUCAACACCAGAUCUUCCACGACUUUAUCAAAUUUAUGGCAAAACCUGUCCAAUUUGUAUUCAAAUGAAAUCAAUCAAUUGGAUAGAUAAUUUCAAUAGCGGAAAUGUGAUGAUUCUGCAGACACAGUGUUUCGUUUUUGUAUGGGUUGGGCGAUCAAGUAGUUCAAUCGAGCGUGUCAAUUCAUUGAAGAUAGCGAGCAAGUUCAGGGAUUGUCGACCCUCGACGGAAAUUGCUGUGGUUGACGAUGGCUAUGAACAAUCAAUGAGCAGUGAAUGCAAAACUGAAUGGAAUAAAUAUUUAAAUUUAAGUGAAAGAUUAGUUCAUCCACUUGUUAUAAAGCCAGUGACCGAGCAUAAUCCAUUAAAAUUAUAUAAAUGUGCUAAUUUGAAUGGAUUAUUUAGAGCUGAACAUAUUAAAACUGAUGGUAUUGAACAAAUUGAUUUGAAUGAUAAAAAUUCAACAUUUAUAAUUGAUGGAGAUGUUUAUGGCAUUUGGAUAUGGAUUGGAAGAAAUGUACCGAAAGGCGAUAAAGCAGAAGGCAUGCGGCAUGUUCGUGGAUAUAUGAUUAAAAGAAAUCAUCCAUCAACACAUCCAGUAAUUCGAAUAAUUGACGGUCAUGAACCAAUUGAGUUUAUUGCAAUGUUUCCACAAUGGAUAGACAAUGAUCAUAGCACAUCUAUUGCACGCCAUGUGCUCGAGAAAUUUGAUGCCUUAACAUUAAUCCAACGUCCACAAGUUGCUGCACAAAUGCAAUUAAUUGACGAUGGUUGUGGAGAAAUUAAAGUUUUUAGAAUCGAUAGCGAUGACAUCACGGACAUUCCCAAGAAAUAUGGACAGGUUUUCUACUCAAACAAUUGUUACAUUAUUCAUUAUCAGACACAUGCAGCAUCAACAAGCCACUCAGUCAAAAAUGUUAUUUAUCUAUGGAUUGGAAGUCAGGCAAAGCAAAUGGAUAAGACAACAGGUGAAUUGUUCCUUGCUGAAAUGUUUGAUCACUUUAACACAAACGUAGUCCAAAUUCGAGUUCAUGAAGGCAUGGAACCGCCACAUUUUCUACAAUUAUUUAGAGGAAGAUUAAUCAUACUCCAUGGAUAUGAUCCAUGCGGUGCAAAACGUAAAUUUCCACCAACAUUCAUUCUUAAAGUUAUUGGCAAUUCCACGUACACAACAAAAGCCAUUCAAAUGACAAAUAAAAGUUCACAUCAGUCAACAGAUUGCUACAUCAUCAAGACAACAGAUGGCACAAUUUAUGUCUGGUGCUCACAAUCAUCUACUGGAGAUACACGUGAGAUGGCAAAAGGAAUUGCCGGAAUGAUUGGUGAACCACACAUUGUGAUGGAAGGUGCUGAAAAUGAGGAAUUUUAUGAAUCUGUUGGAGAUAAAUUUGUGGCACAAGUUAAAGUAAUUUCUAAUAAUUAUAUGGAACCAUCGCUUUACAGCACAUGGGAAAAAUCAAAAGUCAGCCUGUAUCUUGCCACAUUAAUUCAAGGCCAAAUCCAAUUAGAGCAAAUUUUUGCAUUCGAACAAAAAGAUUUAACACCAGAUAAUAUUUAUUUACUGGACGCAGGAAGUAUAAUUUACAUAUGGCUGGGUAGUUUGUCAGAUGUAGAACAAAGAAAUGCAGUAUGGAUAAUGGCGUUACAUCUAAUUUCCAUUCAUCCAAUUCCAAGAAGUUUAAAAGUACCAGUAUGUAUUACUAAGCAGGGCUACGAGCCAAUAAGCUUCAUUGGAUUUUUUGAUAAAUGGGAUCCAAAGUUAUUGGAUGUAAGUUUAAUUUUUGAUGCUGCAAAUCAAGAAUUACUAACACCAAAUUUUCAGAAUUUCAAGACAUUUGAAAAGCUUCGCAUUCAGAUGAAUUUAUCAGGCACACAUCCAAUUCCAUCGCCGCGGUCAAUUUCAAACAGCAUCACAGAUGUAAUUUACGUAAAUGAGUUUGAUAAGCAUCAAAAGUAUCCAAUGGAAAUGCUACGUGGUGAUCCAUUAAAUCUGCCAACGUACAUCAAUCCAAGUCAGAAAGAGAUCCAUUUGACCCACGAUGACUUUGUAUCUGUUUUUAAUAUGGAGUAUACGCAAUUUGCUGAGUUACCGAAGUGGAAGCAAGUCGAGCUUAAAAAGCAAUAUAAAUUAUUUUAGAUAGCACAGCACAUACCACUCAUCAUAUCCGCUCUGUCCAGUAGCUCUUUCACAUA